AUGUUCUUGUUGAUUCAUCUGUUUCUGUUUCUGUUUAAUGGAUCUUAUCCAAUCGAUAUGUCUUCCUCUGUCAAUUUGUAUACAAAGGAUGGAUUUGGAAGGUCAUCGACCUUCGAAGCUGGACACGCUACUGCAAAGCUGGGAAGGAACAAUAGUAUCAAAGACCAGGCUAAGCUUGAGGACCCUGCCUACCUCUGUUUCUUUUUCGUGUCGAGAAUACGCAUAUUGAAGUAUAUUGAGAAAGGGUUCAUAGAGCGGGCAUUUACGGGAAGAGCUGGGAGGGGCACGCACCCAACAUCUGUUGAUUCAGACGAUGACAUUUCUAUAGUCGCUGUAGACUCAUCAUCUGAUCCAACAAUUCUUUCCUCCAGUCUUACGCGCUCGGCUUUGUUUCAAGGAGUUGAGUAUGGCUUUUGA